CAAUGCACCGGGAGAGAUUGAAGGCGCCUUUUGUAGCUCCUGCAUGUCAACAAGGAGGAGGACGGGUCUUCGUGUCAGUGUCAUGCAUGAAAGUAAUCAUGUACUAGUGUCCUCCGACAGUCAGACCGUGUAGAAUUAACCCUCCGUUCCUUCCUCUGACGUGUGUGCUGUCCGCCAUGGCUCCGUUCUCCUUCCUGACGGCAGGUGCUAGCCUGUGGGCUAAAUCUGUCAGUGUGUUCUCCUGCACUCAGACCCUCACAAGGUGGACCACUGUCCUCCCAGGGGCUUAUGGGAGUUCAGUGAAAUGUCUGACCUCUCAGGCCAGUGGGCCGCCAAAAAGACCUCUGAAUGGAUACAUGAGAUUCGUGAUGCAACAGCAGCCCAUCAUCACCAGACAACACCCAGAAAUUAAAUCAGUGGAUAUCAUCAGGAAAAUUGCCCAGCAGUGGAGAACACUGAGUCCAGAACAGAAGCGGCCAUUUGAGGAGGCGUCUGUUCGGGCCCGAGAGCAGUUUAAGGUGGACCUGCAGCGAUACCAGGCUCAGCUGAGCCCGGCCCAGGCUCAGCAACAGGCUCUGGAGAAGAGGGCGAGGACGGCCAAGAGGAAGGCCAUUCGCAAGAAAAGGGAGUUAACCAGCUUGGGAAAACCGAAACGUCCUCGCUCUGCCUUCAACAUCUUCAUGUCGGAGCAUUUUGAAGAGGCCAGAGGAGCCACCACACAGGCAAAGAUGAAGUCACUGUUUGAGGACUGGAAGAAUCUGUUCAGCCACCAGAAACAGGUCUACACACACCUGGCUGAGGACGACAAGAUCCGUUACAAGAACGAGAUGAAGUCGUGGGAGGACCACAUGGUGGAGAUAGGACGGGAAGACCUGGUGCGAGAGCAGAGCCUGUCCAUUAGGAAGAAAGCUACAGGUCGGAGCACCACGGCCUCCAAGAAGAGCGCCAAGACCAAAACGAAGGCCAAGACAAAGGCGAAGAGCACCAGCACCAGCACAGCAGCCAAAAAGACCGGUGUGAAAGGGAAGGCACAAGCAGCCAGAAAGACAAAGAGCAGCUCCACCAAGAACACCUGACUCUACAGGAAAACACGUUUCCAUUACAACGGACAACAGGAAGUACCCAUGACUUAGCCCCUUUUUCCCCCCAAACUUGACAGUAACAGGUUUUUCUGUCGUCAUCAUUGUCCGUAGGUUCAUCAGAACAGAGUUUGAAGAGUCAGAGCAAGAUGUGUUUAGAGCUUCAGUCAUUUCCCAGCAUCCUCCUGUGUCUGCUCAGCGACGCCUCCAUCCACUGAAACCAAACAUAAUGAAAGCAAAACACCACUGUCAUUGGGACCAGAGCUGCAGACCCCCCCCCUCCAUUUUAGUGGAUCUUCAGUGUUCAGGAGAGUAAAGGUCACUGCUGUGUCUGGAAAAUACACACCUGUGAGUUUGGGUUGUGUAUACGUCCUCAGCUCCAUCACUUCGACGUCCCUUUGAUAAUAUCAGUAUGAUUUCAUUUUGUUGUCCAUGUAUUUCACGUAGACAGAUGGGGGACGCACCCUCACCCUAUGUGUGUGGACGUCUUCAGUGUCCAACUCCAUUGCUUAUGAAUCCACUGAACUAAAAACAGACGUUCCACACACAGAAGUGCUCUUGCAUGAGGAUUAUACGCCUAGUGUUUUUUCUUUUUUUUUUUUAAACCUCAUUCUUUGAAGUUGCUACAUGGUUCUUGAACUAAAUAAAUUUCCAAAAACAAAUUUCUAAUGAAGUCUUCGUCAAACUGACCUUACAGGUGUGUGAAGCGUAGAUGUUUGACUCGGCUGUUACCAUGGGAACAGAAAGGUAAACACACGUCAGUCCAUCGGUGCUAAGUGAACCGUCCAUGGACCUUUUCCGUAGUGAGGUUGACGUGUGAAGGAACAUCACAGCAGGUGUAACGGACAUCACCGGUGGUUCAACCAACAGUCACUCAGACCUCCUGGUUGGACAAACUGGACCAGUCCCACCUGAGCUUCCAACUGUGGAUAAAAACAUGAUGCACAGACACAACAGGCCACGUACGGGUGUGUUUCUACUGUCACUACUGCGGUACCACUUAACCUUAUGUUGUACAAUGCAGCCAUUUACUACGAUGGCAUAUUUGGGCCACAUAAGAAAAAAAAAUGCUUGUCACUACGAGAAAGUGGUUAUUUAACAAGAAUAAAGUCAUAGUUUUAAAAAACUCAUUAUUUAAUGAGAAUAAAGUCAUAAUAUGAGAGGUCGUACC